ACCAAUACCAAGAAGCAGAGCGCAACACACAAGAAUGGCUAUGGGGCAGGAGAGGCGCAUCAAGCUUCUCAUGGCAGUUGUCCUGCUCCUCACCUUGGCCAAAGGGAGCAGCUGCAACAGGACAUGCACCGUGGCGGACCUGGAGAUACGGCACAUCCAGGUCGACAGCUACACGCAAGAGCAAGAGCAGCAGCACAUGAACUCCGUCGGCGGCGGCGGGCGCAAGCUGAAGCAGCUGCCGAUGGUCAUGGCGGUGUGGGUGUACAACCACUGCCCGUGCAUGGUGGACAACGUGGUGAUCUACGCGCCCCACGGCUUCUCCACCAUCUACGCCAACGGGACCGACGAGAGGAUCUUCUCCAAGGUGACGGAGCACCUCUACCUCAUCCACCACGCCGGCCCGCUCCUGCCGGCGGCGAGCUGCCCGCGUUUUCCCCCCUCGCCGCCCGAGAACACAUCUGCCUCCGCCGCCGGCCCGGUCGAUGGGAAGGCGCAAACUGAAGAUUUUAGCUGCCCGUCGACCGCUUUCUUCUAUACCUGGUACGAUGAGAUCGAGCUCAAGCCUGCCUUCCUCGUGCCUCACUGCUAGAGUGCUAGCUAGCUGCAGGAAAUUCCAUCUCGAUCGAUCCACAUGGAUUUCCUCCGUAUGAUAAAAUAAGUUGUGGGUGAACUAGUGUGCUCCGUGUGCGUGCGUGGUUUAGCUCUAGAGUUUUGGGAUGAUGACCAGUCCCAAAUCUACUCUUCUCUUCAUGGAUGUGUAAUCCUCUCAAGGGUCUGCUAUGGUUGCAGAAAAAAUCAAUCA